AUGUUACAAUCGGAGUCUUUAGACCUGGCGAGGAGAUAUUGGACGUACGGCAAUGACGGAUCCAGAUACGCGUUCUUUGCAUUUCUGGCCGCUAUAAUUGUCAUCUUUCUUAUCUUCACUUGUAUGCUUAAUGUCCGCAGAAUUAGACGGGGAAGAACACCCAUAAUCUCGCAAUACCUGGCACCGCCAAGCUACUACCAGGCGCAGCAUCAAAAUCCGGACGGCAACAGUGUGCCGUUGCCGGCCUACACGGAACAGCCAAACCCUAACCAGGAUAUCGGAUACUACGACAAUAACGGAAACUUCAUUCCUUACUCGAAAGCGAAUGGGACCGGCGGACCCAGCGGACCCAGCGCAGUGAAUGGAGACAAUCAGACGGCUCCAAACCCGUUCGACCAGCAAGCAACAGGCCAGACCAGCUCGCCAUAUGCCCAGACUCCCGCCACCGAGCCAAUAAGCUCGCCGCAGCAGGCGUACUCUCGCCCAACCGAUACCGAGACAUAUCCCACGUAUACUUCGCAUUCUUCCAGCGCGAAUGCCCCAGCAAACUAUGCUCCUCCGCCAGGGCCACCUCCGACUCAUAAAAAGGACUACUAG